AUACUUUAAAAUACUCAACACUACCCUAUCGAAUAUUUUAGAAAGCCCCUCCCAUAAAACCGCUACCUUAUUAUCUCCAAAACUUGAAUCUUCCCAAGUACUCUGUAACUUUAAUGAAAUCCUCAGCUCAGCAGCAUUGAAAAAGAAGAAAAGGCGGUCCUCCAUUUCAAAAAGAAGAAGAGGAAAGAAACAGGAAGAGUACAACACCAUUGAUGAAUAAGAAAGCUUCUAUGUAUUCUCCACUACACCAUUACAUGGUACUGGAGCCUAUGAGCCCUCUCCCACCGCGCUCUAACUUCACCGACAACGCCAAGAAUUACUACCAGAACUGUGAGAGGAUGCAUGCUAAUGUAGGAUCUUCAGUUUUCCGCGAGUCUUCUUCUAUGACUGCUACAAGUGCGACUACAUCUUUUGUUGCACACAAAUCUGUCAAAUGUCAGAAGGUGCGAUCACAUUCUUCACAGCAUGAAAGUAGUGAAAUUAAGAAUAUUACUGCUGCUGAACCCUCCUUAUCCUCACGAAAGCACAAAGCAAGAUCAAGAGAAGGAAGUUAUCGCAAAUGGUUUCACUCUAAAUUGCACUCACCCGAGGCUUUUCAAGAUAAGUUUUUACUUGUAUCAUAUAACAUAUUGGGAGAUGAGAAUGCUACACAUCAUAGCGACCUUUAUCAUCAUAUUCCUUCCCACCUUAUGAAUUGGAGCAGUCGCAGGAGGCUUAUUUGUCAAGAGCUUGAUAUGUGGAAACCCAAUGUAAUAUGUUUUCAGGAGGUUGAUCAUUUUGAUGAACUGACACAGGAUUUUAGUAAAAAAGGCUAUUCUGGUAUUUUCAAGGGUCGUACAGGACAAGCAAGAGAUGGUUGUGCAAUUUUUUGGAAAAAUGAUGUAUUUAGGAUUUUGCAAGGAUAUAGUAUUGAGUUUAAGGAGCAUGACCUUCGUGACAAUGUCGCUCAGCUUUGUGUCUUUGAGCUGAAUAGUAGUCUUGCGACUGUCCCAGGAAACAACAGUAAAAAGCAAGUGGAAGCAAAUUUAUUGCAGGAAUAUAAUUGCAUAAAGAGAAGAGUCAUUGUUGGGAAUAUUCAUGUUCUUUUCAACCCAAAACGUGGGGAUAUCAAAUUGGGACAGGUUCGUAUACUUCUUGAAAAAGCUCGUGAGCUUUCAAAGAAAUGGGACAGAGCACCUAUUGUAAUCGCUGGUGACUUCAACAGCACUCCUCAGAGUGCACUCUAUCAAUUUCUUGCCUCUUCUAAGUUGGAUCUUCUAGCACACAACCGUAGAGAAAUUUCUGGUCAGAUUGAAAAUGUGCCCGAUUCAGACACUGCGACACUAAAGCAGACUACAUUUAAACCAAUCAGAUACAAUUGGUAUGAAGAUGAGUUGAAAGCUGCAACUGGUAACUCAUCUUGUACAAGACUCAAGCACCCACUUAAGCUUUUCAGUGCAUAUGCAUGUGUUCAGGGAAGGCAGGGAAACUCUAGGAUCAGAGAUGAAUAUGGAGAACCUUUGGCCACAACUUAUCACUCAAAAUUCUUGGGCACUGUUGAUUAUAUCUGGUUCUCAGAAGGCUUAACCCCAUUAAGAGUUUUGGACACAUUGCCCCUUGAUGUGUUGCGGAAAACACCUGGUCUUCCAACACAUAAAUGGGGCAGUGAUCAUCUUUCUUUAGCUUGUGAAUUUGCCUUUUCGGAAGAUAAGAGGGGUGACAACAGAAGUAGAUGAUUGCAACAGUAGAUUGAUGUUGUCAAGUAUUGUUAAGCCCUUCAAAUCUUAGACAUCAUCACUCAGCGUGUGUGCAGCUUGCACACUUAUAUUUUGGCAGCCUUCAGAGACUGAUGCACAAAUGAUUUCUAUGAUAAUAUUGGCGAUUUAUGAUGAAAUUGGUCGGUCAGAAAUAAGUAUGCAGUGAUCGAUUAUAGCCUUGUUCCAACAGUGUAAUGCUAGAAUAUGGCUUCUGUAUCAUAGUUGAAUUGGUCUUCUGGCAAGCCUAAUGUUGCAGUGCUGGACUUGCCAGAGAUUUUUUUCUUGCAAAUUUAAAGCAGAUCCAAAACAGAUUUGUUUGUAUCAUGGGGAUUGUAUGUUGUAAGUUGUACCAAAAAAUGAACUCUUUAAUCUGUGGUAUAAAAUUAAAUUAUUAAGGUCAGUUUGCUGACAAACCGAACAAUCCAAAACUACAAUCCUUUCAAAAUCAUGUUGUUGGCAUCAACAAUUUUCAUAAUCACAUUUUCUCAUCAAUUUGCUUGUUUUUA